UCAUGCACAUUUUAUUGUAAUUUAUGAACGGUUUUUUUUAGCUUCUUAUGUUCAUGAUGCUAGGUACAGCUAGUAUUCGAGAGAACGAACCUAAUAAUAGGUUAAAGUAGGUGUCUUUCUAUCUACAAUGCAAUUGUACGAUGUAUGAAUGGCAAGUUGACGCGAUCGUAUGUGAUCGUAAGUAAUUUCAACAGUUUGUCCCAAAUAGAAACAAUAGUUACGAUCUUUGUGCAUUUUGGAAACUGAUCGAAGACAAGUCAUAUCUUGAGUGUUCCAUGAUAUUUGAAAAAAAUAUAAAGUAGGCUUAUUUACCUAUAUCGGGAUAGUGUGAAAAAUUCUUAAUUUUGUGGUAUAUAGUCAGUGUCAAACACAAUUCAAAUUGCCACAGCAAAUACAUUGUUACAGCAAGUAUACAUGUAAAAAAAUUAGUACUGUGUUAUGCCAAGAUGGAAUUGGCAAAAGAAACUAUCAAUGGUUUAACAAAUAUUCAAAAUAGCAACAGUUUACCUGAAGAAAUAUUUCUACAGUUAUUAGAAAAUAUAGCAUCUUACAUUUGUAAGAAUAUUAACGAUGCAAAAAGUAUCGCUGCUAUAUGUCCAUCCAAGUCAGAUCUGAUAAAGACUGCCAUGGCAAAUAUCUUGUGUCUCUUUAUAGAGGCUGCCAGACAUGAUUAUGAUGAAGAAAGCUUAAAAAUUUUUCUACAUAAUGAACAUAUCAGUGGGCAAAGAAUUGAGAAGCUAUGUAAUACUUACAUAAACAAUAAACAAAAUAUUCAAACCCAACUAGAAUUGACAGGAAACAGCAUUCCACAUAUAGUGGAUAUAGAUUGGCGUUUAUAUCAUUGUGUAAAGUUUAGCACUUGUCGCUCCACCAAUGUGCCAAUUUACAACAUACAAAUGAUUACGAAAAAAUAUAGUGAAGUAAAACAUGUAACAUUUACAUGUACCAUACAACAACUCCAAGAACUGGUAUAUAAGCUGAAGGAUAUUGUAAGACACAUUGAAAAGAUGUCUAAUAUGUAAAUGCUCAAUAGAUAAUUACAAUUUAUAAUGUAGGAAUAUGUAAUAUUCUUCUGUCGCUUUGCUAGAAAUAUUAACAUAUAUGAACAUACAUAUAUGAAUAUACAUAUAUGAAGGAUAAUGUUUUUUUUUAUCAAUAAUACACAAAUUGAUACAGGUGCAGUCAAUUAUAUUUUUGCAUCAUUAAUGAAAAGAAUAUCUCCUAAUCCAUUUAAAAUUAUUAUUGUAUUACUUUUAUAUGUAUUUAUACAUGUAUAUGCGCACAAACGCAUACACAUAUAUAAAAACUGAUUAAAAAUACAGUGUAUCUUCCGUUCUGCAGCCCAAUAUUUGUCUAAAAAUUUCUAUUUUUGUUAGACGAAAAAAAUACUAUAUCGUUAUGCCCUUACUAAUUAAAUAUAGAAUUAUAUUAGUAAUUAAUAAAUUUUUUUCUAUCUCUAUAUAAUAGAUAUAUAUAUAUUUUUUUUAACCAUAAUACACUAUGUACAAAUAAAGUGGGGGAGCAUAUUUUCUACAAAGAUAAA